AUGGCUGAUAUUAAAAUAAUUUCUGAACAAUUAGGAAAGUUGGGAUUGGUUCAACCAUCCUCCAUUGAGAAUUCAUAUCCUGAAAAUAGUGUUUUAGAUUUAUUAAGAAACUACAUUACUGAUGAAUUACAUAAAUUAUCUAAUGUUGAUAAAAGUAUUAUCUUUGAAAGUUUAGAUAUCCCAAAUACUUUAGAUAAAGGGGAUUUAAUCAUUCCAGUUCCAAGAUUAAGAUUAAAAGGGAUCAAUCCAAAGGAAAAAGCUAGUGAAUGGGCAGAAAAAUUCGAAAAAGGUAAAUAUUUUAAAGAAAUCAAAUCUGAAGGUCCUUUCUUACAAUUUUAUGCCAGUAGUAAUUUAUUAUACAAUUUAUUAAUCAAAUCAACUUUACAAGGUAAAGAAAGUUAUGGUAGUUUACCAAUGGGUAUCAAUAAGAAAAUCAUUGUUGAAUUUUCAUCACCAAAUAUUGCUAAACCAUUCCAUGCUGGACAUUUAAGAUCAACUAUUAUUGGUGGGUUUAUUGCCAACUUAUAUGAAAAACUUGGAUGGUCAGUUACCAGAAUCAAUUAUUUAGGUGAUUGGGGAAAACAAUUCGGUAUUUUAGCUGUUGGAUUUGAAAAAUAUGGUAGUGCUGAAGCUUUAGACAAAGAUCCAAUCAACCAUUUAUUUGAAGUUUACGUUAAAAUCAAUAAAGAUGCAACUGAUGAAGGUGAAGAUUCACCAAUUCAUGAACAAGCCAGACUUUAUUUCAAAAAGAUGGAAGAUGGUGAUGAAGAAGCUCUUGGAUUAUGGAAAAAAUUCAGAGAUUUAUCCAUUACUAAAUAUAUUGAAACUUAUAAACGUCUUAACAUUAAAUUUGAUGUUUAUUCUGGUGAAUCUCAAGUUUCUAAAGAUACUGUUACUGAUGUUAUCAAGAUUUUUGAAGAAAAAGGCUUACUUUAUGAAGAUAGAGGUGCCAAAUUAAUUGACUUAUCCAAAUUUAAUAAGAAAUUCGGUAAAUGUUUAAUUCAAAAAUCUGAUGGUACUUCAAUUUAUUUAACUCGUGAUGUUGGUGAAGCCAUUAAACGUUAUGAAACUUAUAAAUUCGAUAAAAUGAUCUAUGUUAUUGCAUCUCAACAAGAUUUACAUGUUGCUCAAUUCUUUGAAAUCUUAAAACAAAUGGGAUAUGGAUGGUCAAAAUCUUUAGUUCAUGAAAAUUUCGGUAUGGUUCAAGGUAUGUCAACCAGAAAAGGAACUGUUGUUUUCUUAGAUAAUAUUUUAGAAGAAACCAAGGAUAAAAUGCAUGAAGUUAUGAAAAAGAAUGAAGAAAAGUAUGCUCAAAUUGAAAAUCCUGAUAAAAUUGCUGAUUUAGUUGGUAUCUCCGCUGUUAUGAUUCAAGAUAUGCAAAGUAAGAAAAUCAAUAAUUAUGAAUUCAAAUGGGAUAGAAUGACUUCAUUUGAAGGUGAUACUGGUCCUUACUUACAAUAUGCUCAUUCAAGAUUACUGUCAGUUGAAAGAAAAUCACAAUUUUCCAAAGAUGAUUUAAUAGAUGCUAAUUAUGAUUUAUUGACUGAAGAAUGUGCUUUGAAUUUAAUUAGAACUAUUGCUCAAUAUCCUGAAAUCUUGAAAAGAGCCGUUAAAAAUCAUGAACCUUCUACUGUGGUUACUUACUUAUUCAAUUUAACUCAUAUUGUUUCUACUUGUUAUGAUAUUUUAUGGGUUGCUGGUCAAGAAAAGGAUGUUGCCAUUGCUAGAUUAGCUUUAUACUCAUCUGCUAAACAAGUUUUAUAUAACGGUAUGACCUUAUUAGGUUUAACCCCUGUUGAUAGAAUGUGA